UUUUUUGGUAUUGAGAUUAAUGCUAAAAUGAGUGAAGCUAUCUAUGGAUUGACUGAUGUAUCCAACAGAGCACCGGUAGAUGAGAUUCGUAAAAAUUUUUUACUUGAAGUUAGCAAUAGUCCUGAUUUAUAUGACAAGAUUGAUGUGGAAAGGGUGAGUACAGAGGACUGGGAGAUUGAAAGGUUCAUAUUAUGUCAUAAAAAUAUUGAUAAAGCGUUUGAAGAAUUAAUAAAAUCAAUACAAUGGAAGAAGUCUUAUGGUCUUCACGAUAGAGAUCACACAUAUUUUCCUAAAGAGUUGGUCCAUAUAUUUGGUUACGAAAAGUUCAGUCGUGAUACAGAUGGACGGGUAGUCGGUUGGAUAGCGGGAAGUCGUUACAAAAAAAUUGGUCAAUUUUCUCCACUUAUAUAUCAAUAUGGGUUUUAUGUGGUGGAGAUGAUUGACAGAAUGGCCGGUAAUAAGGGAUGGACUGUUGUGGCCGACCAUCACGGGGCAGGUCUGGCAAAUGUUGACAUGAAUUUGUUUUACAUGGGAUUAGAAGCAUUGAAAUAUUAUCCCAUGGGUUUCAAAUUGAUGAUAAACAUAGACUUACCUUGGUUAUUAAACUCUAUCAUCAAAUUUUGUCUUACAUUACUACCUAAAAGUUUGCACCAAUCACUUGUCUUUAUCAAACGCAACCAAUUGACUAAUUAUAUUAAUAUCAAUGACAUCCCUGUGCCGUAUGGAGGGGUACGCGAAGUUACCUGUGAACUGACCCAACAAAUCGCCAAUUCAUUAAACUAUGACUAA